AUGGAGAAGAUCGAAAAACUGAACGACGACGGCUGGAGACGAUUGAAGAGGUUUUUAGCCACAGAGGAAACAUCAGACGGAACAGAGGGAACAAAACGAAGAAGAGCAUGCAACCAAGAGGACGCACCUGAGACGAUGGAGACGGACAUGCUCAAAAGGAUGCAGAGGGCGUUAGAAAAACGAAAGAAAGAAGCAUUUGAGAUGAUUACAAGAAUUGACACGGAAUUGGUAAAACAUGCACUAAUGAAUGUUGGUGAACGUUUUGUGCUUGACAAGGAAGGUACAGGGAAGGUACAAACGCUAGAAAUCGGAAAAAUGCGCAUCCAUACGGGAAAGUUUGAGGACCUGAUGAACUUGUGGGAGAAACAGACAACAGGCGACGGACGGGAGAAAGAAGAAGACAGUGAUGAAGAGGAGAAGAUGGAUGCAGAAGGAUCAGGUGAACCGAACGGAGCAGAAGAACGUCAAAUGAACAUGGAGGUGAUGGACACCCAUGAAGAGAAGAAGGACGAAAACGUACGGCGUCCACUGAGAAGCACCCCCAUAGAAUCCAGAAUUGAUUUGCGACGGUUGCAGGAGGCCUUUAAGGUGUCAAAUUACGUACCAGAAGACCUUGCAACAUAUAUGCGACGAGUGGCAGAAAACAUGGGAAUGACCGAAGAAGUGUUGACAGAAUUAAAGGGAAAGGUUGACUUACCAAUCCCCGGAACGGUUGUGCAAGAUUUCAAAUUUGGCACGAAAAGGCUCAAAUUUCCCGGACCAGGACGGUUGCAGGAGGCCUUUAAGGUUUCAAAUUACGUACCAGAAGACCUGGCAACAUAUAUGCGACGAGUGGCAGAAAACAUGGGAAUGACCGAAGAAGUGUUGACAGAAUUAAAGGGAAAGGUUGACUUACCAAUCCCCGGAACGUACGCCAUCAGUGGAUGGGCAGCAGUGAUCGGCACGGGAACGUACACGGCUGAGGAAAUCAAGGAGAAAGUUUAUGCAGACCUGAACUUAGAUGACACCUUCGAGUUUGCGCAAAUUUACGUCAGAUGUGGAACAAAUGACAUCAAAGAGAUGUGUCUGAGGACGGAAAAAAUGGUCGUCAGCAACUUCCGAGGGUUCUUGACAAUGUAUGAGGAUUUCAUGGAUAAGAUGGCAACAGCAUUUGGAGUACCAAUAAUAGCAAUCGGAGCGUCACCACCAAACCCAACAUUGGGAGAGGAUGAAGGGAAAACGCUGGAUAAAGAUGAGGAAGGACUGCCGGUGGUCCCCUUAACAGUACAGGGACGAAUGAAUGCCGUUUCGGAUGAGGCAAGGAUGCAAGCUGGGCGAACGUUUCAAAUCAAACUGUAUGAGGAACUAAGGAGCAAAAUUGGAAUAAGACAAGGAGCGCAAGGUUCUCCAGGAUGGUGGGCAUUACCCACACCAAUCGAGUACCUAAUCAAAUACAGUAGGGCGUAUGGAAAACUAAAAAGUUUCGGACAUAUCGCCCCAAGAGGAUUAUUGAAAUUUGCAAGAGACCAUGGAAUGGUCAUUGCGUUUGGCUUGGAACUAUUACCAGGAGACAAAAGAUAUGCGGUGAAAUCAUGCUCCGGAAAAUGCGCAAUCUGGGGCGAAGAUGGAGGAGUCUUUUUUGGGAUACCACCAACCCAAGCCCAUGCACAUUGUGGUUUGACAGGACCAGUAGGGGCAUGCGAAGGAGGUGAAGAUAGGUUCUAUGACCCGGAAAGAAAAGGGGAGGCGGGAGAUCCAUUUAUCAGCACGUUGACCGGAAAGUUGGAGUACGACGAAUGCUUUACGACUGACAUGGCCUUAUACCACCCAAAGAGGCGAGACACAAAGGAAGGAGUUUGCUCAGGGGACGUCGUGAAAGUGCGAGGAUUGCAGUACCGAACAAUUGUCGUGUUCAAGACAUACAAAGGCUGCUGGGUGGUUGGCUGUGGGGGACGAUUCUUCUAUCCAAUGGAAAUGCUAUGCGUUGCAGAACGUCACGAAGUAUCACGACGAGUUUAAAAAGACGAAAUGACGUGAAUCGAGAAAUUAAGUUCAAAGAAAGAAAAAAGAAAAACGCAAAAUUAAGUUGAAGAAUGAAAAACAAAACGGGUAAAACGUGGUGAAAGAAAAGAAUGGUACUUGAAAGUGAAGUGACGGGCAUGAAAUUGUUUGAUACGGUUCUGAUUUUUUGAUAUGCGGC